GCUGAUGUCGUAAACUGCCUAGUGCAAUGCAAUUCGGCAACGGCACAUGAUGGUCCCAAAGAUGCUUCCCGUCCUGGCCGCCAUUCUGGCGUGCGUCCGCGCCGACAAUCCAUUCGUGCAGACCCUCUACUCGACAGAUCCUGCCCCGAUGGUCUACAACGGCAGCAUCUACGUCUUUACCGGCCACGACGAAGACGGCGCGACAACCUACAACAUGCGCGAUUGGCGUCUGUACUCAUCCAAGGACGUCGCCAACUGGCAAGACCACGGGGUCGUGGCCAACCUCGCCACCUUUAGCUGGGCAAACGCCAACGCCUGGGCACCUCAAACCGUAGCCAGGAACGGCAAAUUCUACCUGUACGUGCCAAUCCGCCGCAGCACGGGUGCCAUGGCCAUCGGCGUCGCGGUCGCAGACGGCAUCGCGGGACCGUACAAGGACGCACUGGGCAGGCCGCUGGUGGAAAACAACGAGAUCGACCCGACCGUGUUCAUCGACGACGACGGGCAGGCGUACCUCUACUGGGGCAACCCGAAUCUCUCUUACGUCCGGCUGAACGCGGACAUGAUCUCGUACAGCGGAGGCAUCAACCGCGUGAGCCUGACCGCGGCUGGCUUCGGCCAGCGGAGCGGCAACGCGCAGCGCCCCACCACCUUUGAGGAAGGCCCCUGGCUUUACAAGCGCGGCGGCACCUACUACAUGAUCUACGCCGCCAACUGCUGCUCCGAGGACGUCCGCUACUCGACCGGCCCCAGCGCCACCGGCCCGUGGACCUACCGCGGCGUCGUCAUGCCCGCGCAGGGCAAGAGUUUCACAAACCACCCGGGCAUCGUCGACUUUCUGGGCUCCAGCUACUUCUUCUACCACAACGGCGCCCUCCCCGGCGGGGGCGGCUACCAGCGCUCCGUCGCCGUCGAGAGGUUCGCCUACAACGCCGACGGCACCAUCCCCACCAUCCAGAUGAGCGCCGCCGGCGCCCCGCAGGUCGGCACCCUGAACCCCUACGUGCGCCAGGAGGCCGAGACCAUGGCCUUUUCGUCCGGGCUCGGGACGGAACCCUGCAGCGAGGGCGGCAUGGCCCUGGCCUACGUCAACGACGGCGACUACGUCAAGGUCAAGGGCGUUGCGUUCGGAGCGGGCGCCCGGGCGUUUCGGGCACGCGUGGCCUCGGCCGGCAGCGGCGGCAGGAUCGAGCUCCGCCUGGGCGGCACGUCGGGCACGCUGGUUGGGAGCUGCGCGGUGGGCGGCACGGGAGGGUGGCAGACCUGGACCACCGUGUCGUGCGCGGUGAGCGGCGCCACCGACACCCGGGAUCUGUUCCUCCGCUUUGCCGGCAGCGGCUCCGGCAACCUCUUCAACGUCGACUGGUGGCAGUUUGACCCCGCCUCGGGCACUACUCCGCCAGAGACCACCGCGGCCGGCGUCCCUGCCACGACGACUCGGCCGCCGUCCGCGACCGGCAGCCCUCCGGCUCAGUGUGCGGCAUUGUACGGACAGUGCGGCGGUGAGGGGUGGGCUGGUGCAAAAUGCUGCGCUCAGGGGGCGUGCAAGGUGUCUAACCAAUGGUAUUCGCAGUGCUUGUGA